GGAAGACUUCCGGCAACAACGCCUGUGUCACGUCACCUCCCCUGUGCCUGGAAGGUGAGCUGCAUGGUAUUGUGCUAGAAGAAAUUUUAACACAGAGUGAAUGGCGAGGAUAGAUGACCUACAAUUCCAAGAAUUUGAUGAUGCAGCAAAUUUACUGGCUGCCAACCCUGAUGCCACCACUACUACUGUGAGUAUUGUAGAGUCUCAAGACACAGGUGGGGGCCAGCGAGGACAUCGACACAGAGAUGAAGAUGACUCGUUGGCAAAUGAAGACUCUGAUAAAACAGAGCUGCUUGCCGGACAGAAGAGUUUGGCUGCUUUCUGGACAUUUGAUUAUUACCAAACAUUCUUUGAUGUAGACACUUACCAGGUUCUGGAUAGGAUAAAAGGCUCCCUUUUACCGAUACCUGGUCGAAACUUUGUGAGGUUAUAUGUGAGAAGCAAUCCAGAUCUAUAUGGUCCAUUUUGGAUAUGCGCCACUCUUAUUUUCACACUGAGCAUCAGUGGGAAUCUGUCUAAUUUUUUGCUGCAUCGAGGAGAGUCCCAUUAUCACUACGUUCCUGAGUUUAGAAAAGUGUCAAUUGCUGCCACUGCAAUUUAUUCCUAUGCCUGGCUGGUGCCACUGGCUCUUUGGGGCUUCCUGUCAUGGCGACAUAGCAAGGUGAUGAGCAUGGUGUCCUACUCGUUCCUGGAAAUUGUGUGCGUUUAUGGAUACUCUCUCUUCAUCUACAUCCCCACUUCUGUGAUGUGGGUAAUCCACUCAGAGAUUCUUCGCUGGGUCCUGAUGAGUUUGGCAAUAUGCCUCUCUGGGUCAGUCCUCAUGUUGACAUUCUGGCCUGCUGUACGUGAGGAUAACCGCAAAAUUGCCAUCGCCACACUUGUAACCAUCCUGGUGCUUCAUGUUUUACUUGCAGUUGGUUUUGGGGAGUAUUUCUUUGAUCCUCCUGAGAACGAACAUGUGGUUCGCACUGUAACGUCUCCUAAUGCAACAAAAGGAACUGUACAAACUCACUGACUGGAGGUACCAACAAUUAGGCUCAAGAGUCAAUCUUCUGUUUCAUAAAGUUAAUCCUCACAGUUGACCAGUGAAUCUGGUGAACGGAAUGCUAAAGAGAGCUGCACUUCUGAAACGUGAUCAGCUAAUUUUGUUCCAUAACUUCAUGGGAAAAUAUUGAUCAAGUUAAGACACUGGACCAUUUUUAUUAUUCUUAUUUAAUUAUUUAAAAGGACUUCAGUUAAAUUGCUUAGUGUAAGCGGUGAAAAGGGAGGACUUUUGCAUGUUGAAAAUAACAGUCCAGGGGUAGGCAACAUUCCCAUUCCAAAUCUCGUGGACUACAUCUUCCUGGAUGCUUUGCUAGCACGAUGGCUGUAAGAGAAUUAUGGGAUAUGUAGUUUUACAACAUCUGUAGUGGCAAAGACACUAUUUACUUAUGCCUCAGCAUCUAAUGUGCUUUGAAUGGUAAAUGUUUGACUCACUUCUUGAUUCCAUUGCAGAUAUAUAUAUUCAGUUAUAUAAUUUAGCAGGGAUUGUGAUUGCCGCUUAAACUUUAUUAUUUACUUAUCAAAUAUUAAAAGUAGGAUCAAAAUCAAAAUUUUUCAAGACCUUUACCUUAAAGAUCCUUUUACUCCGAUAACACCUAUUAUAAAUACUGUAGACUAAGAAACAAAGGAAAAUGAAUAGACCUGUUAAGACCUCAAUGUGUUCUAAGCACCUCCAAAUAAAAUUGCUAUGUUUAACAAGCAUGUUCUGCUGCUAAGGAAACAGAAACAUACAUUUAUUUAACAUUAUUGCUGAAUUUGUUUUGCCAUGUGGCCAAUGCUAUAAAUUAGCCUGGCCAGACAAAAAUAUAUGGGACCAAAUUUUGUUUUUACUGUAUACAGUUUGAUCACUCAAACUAAUGGUGAUAAAUUUAAUAUGUAUCUUAUUAAAACUAUUUAGAUCUGUGACCACAUUACAAUUGUUAACUU